ACUCCCUCUCUUCUUCAUCUUUUCAUUCUGGUCAUAUUUCUGGACACCUACACUGAUGUGCUUGUAAUCGAUUUAUCCCCUGCAUUUUAUCACUAUCGUUUUGAGUGGUCUCAACGCCCGGCUGGGACUCGUUCUCGGUCACAAUUCUCCGGUUUCUAUCGUCCGAGAUAACAACCAGAAAAAUACACACCCAACAAACUCUACAAUGGCCGACUCCAGACCCAAGAUCCUCCUCCUUGGAAAGAUUGUUCACGCACAUUCUACCUGGCAAUCUCUAAGCGAGCUCGGAGAACUGGUCGCAUCCACCGCCAUUAACCGUGAGGAGUUUCUCAAGGAAUGUCGCGAUGGCAAGCUGGACGGAGUAGUCGCUGCGUAUCGCACAUUCGACUCCGUGACUAUUACAGGAAAUAUCGACGAGGAGGUGGUGAAUGCUCUCCCCAACUCUCUCAAGUACCUUGCGCAUUGCGGUGCAGGAUAUGACCAAGUCAACGUUCACGCCUGCAGUGCCCGGAACCCGCCCAUUCGGGUCUCCAACACUCCCACUGCUGUCGAUGAUGCUACGGCCGAUGUGAACAUGUUCCUGAUCAUUGGUGCCCUGCGCAACUUCAAUUAUGGUAUGGCCGCAUUGCGUGAAGGUAAAUGGCGUGGACAGCCGCAGCCUAUCCUCGGACAUGACCCUCAAGGCAAGGUCCUGGGUAUUCUGGGGAUGGGUGGCAUUGGGCGCAACUUGAAAAAGAAGGCAGAGGCGUUUGGGAUGAAGGUUGUCUACCACAACCGUCGGCAGUUGAAUGAGGAAUUGUCGGAAGGAGCGCAAUAUGUGACCUUUGACGAACUGCUGUCGACCAGUGACGUGAUCAGCUUGAACUUGCCUUUGAAUAAAAACACCCACCACAUCAUCAGCAAAUCCGAAUUCGCCAAGAUGAAGGACGGCGUUGUCAUUGUCAACACGGCCAGAGGCGCCGUCAUUGAUGAAGCAGCCCUCGUCGAAGCUCUCGACAACGACAAGGUCUACUCCGCCGGUCUCGAUGUCUUCGAGGAGGAGCCUAAGAUUCAUCCUGGUCUCGUUCGUAACCCCAGGGUACUUCUGGUUCCUCACAUGGGUACCUGGACUGUGGAGACUCAAACCGCUAUGGAGGAGUGGGCUAUUGGGAAUGUGCGAGAUGCACUCCAGACUGGGAAGUUGAAGAGCCCUGUUCCUGAGCAGGCUGACCUGUGAGAUCGCUGGCGAGGUAUCGUAUGCACAUAAAACGGGGG